CAACUCCCAUUCUCUUCUCUUUCUUUCUUCAAAGCAGAUCUCAAGUUUUCUUUCUCCAUCUAUCAAUGGCGGCGGCUAUUGGAUCAUCCAUCUCCUUUACCUCUCCUUUGAAUACAAAUCAGGGAGUCAGUAAGAUCUCAAACAUGAAUUCUGUAUCACUGUCUAUUAAUGUGAAAGCAUUCCGUUCCCUUAGUUUGCGAUCAACUUCACACCGUUUCCAUGUCUCUUGUGCGCAGGCUAAGCCAGAGACAGUCGAUAAAGUGUGUAAAAUUGUGAGGAAGCAACUGGCUCUUUCCGAUGACACUUCUGUGACAGGAGAAUCAAAGUUUGUAGCCCUUGGAGCCGAUUCUCUUGAUACGGUGGAGGUUGUGAUGGGAAUCGAAGAGGAAUUUGGGAUCAGCGUGGAGGAAGAAAGUGCACAGACCAUUGUCUCGGUCCAGGACGCUGCUGAUCUUGUUGAGAAGCUGCUUAGCAAAGACUCAAGCCCGUCAGCCUAAAGUGUGAGUUUUAUUUAGCACAUCGAACAUCAAAUAUAGGGUUGUUGUCGCCUUAAUCAGUUUAAAUUUCAAUUUCAAACUUCCAUCUUUAUUAUAUUUCUGCUGGUCACUUUCAAUUCUUAAUUUAUAAACCUUCUUUAAUAUUUUGUUA